UCUAGUGACUAGAUUUGUUUGGUGCAAUUUGUUCACGUCAGUGUGGUACCAGUCACAUAACCUUACUUGUUAUCACAAUAAUUGUAAUAAUUUAACCAUUUUUCCUCCAAAACAACGCAAUGUCAUUCAUGAAAUGACUUCAGAAAUGGCGUCGGGGGACUCGGCUAUUGUGGUGCGGGCAAAGCCCGCACGUAAGGUUUUCGGGGCGAAGAAAAUGACAAAAAUCCCUCAGUCAAUCCUCCAGGAUACGAAACUCAACGCUGCGAUUGAAUCCCUCCCCAAAAACUACAACUUCGAAGUGCAUAAAACAAUCUGGCGGAUUAGGGAGCUGCAAGCGCAAACUGUCGCCUUACAGAUGCCCGAGGGGCUGUUGCUGUUCGCCACAACCCUCGCUGAUAUUAUCAAAGAGUUCACGGGGGCUGAUUCGGUGAUUAUGGGGGAUGUCACGUAUGGGGCUUGCUGCAUUGACGAUCUGACGGCUAAAGCUUUGGGGGUUGAGCUGUUGAUACACUACGGGCACAGUUGUCUUAUCCCAAUCGAUCAGACGAGUGGGAUUAAAGUGUUGUACAUUUUCGUUGAUAUAAAAAUCGAUCCGGGGCAUUUCAUCGAAACUGUGAAGCUAAAUUUCCCCAUUUCGACAAAAGUGGGACUUGUGAGCACAAUUCAAUUCGUCACGACUUUACAAAGCGUGGCAGAGAAGCUAAAAGAGGUGGGUUUUGACGUUUCGAUACCGCAGUUCAAGCCUUUAUCGCCCGGCGAGAUUCUGGGGUGCACUGCCCCUGUGUUACGCUGCUGCGACGUUAUAAUUUACUUAGGGGAUGGUAGGUUUCAUCUCGAGGCUGCGAUGAUCGCAAAUCCGAAAUUGCAAGCUUACCGAUACGAUCCGUACGAUAAAAAAUUCACAAGGGAAUAUUACGAGCACGCUUUGAUGGAGAAAAAUCGCAAAGAGAGUGUGAUGAAAGCCAAAGAGGCGCAAUUGUAUGGCGUUAUUAUGGGGACUUUGGGGCGGCAAGGGAGCCCCAAAGUUGUCGAUUAUUUGAAACGACGGUUAGAAGAGUUGGGGAAAAAUGCAGUCGUGAUUUUACUGUCUGAGAUUUUUCCGAAAAAGUUAGAUUUAUUUAGUUGCGAUGCUUUUGUUCAAAUUGCAUGUCCAAGGCUUUCGAUUGAUUGGGGGCUUGCUUUUUCGAAGCCUUUUCUAACACCGUAUGAAAUGGCGGUGGCUUUAGGGGAUGCUGAGUGGCAUAAAGAGGGAGCUAGCUAUCCAAUGGACUUUUACGCAAAUGCCAGUCUGGGGCCCUGGACCCCCAACCACAAGCCUGAUGCUGAUAAGAUUGAUAAAUGCUGUGGCAAAUGUCCUUAGUAGGGUAGAAAUAAAUGUUUUAUUUUAAUUACGAA